CUUUCUUACUCUUUCGUAUCUACACAACUGUGCCAGUACCCUCGAUUCUCCCUGGAUCCCUCCCUCCAGUCACCGUUCACGCACCGUUCACGCCCUCACGCCCACACGCCCACCUCCACGAGGCAAAGUCACCUUUUGUUCAGGUUCAUGGGAUUUAUUGGAACACUCCGAUCCCCACACACACCAAGGGCUGAUCUCUUGCGGAGCACCACGGGUCGACGUCAGUGUGGUGAUAUCCUGUGUCGGUGAGCUGCAUCGGCUGCCGUGCCCUCAGUCAUGGGCCUCAAGCAGUUCAACCUCGACAUCAAGGCCGCGGCGUCCACUCCUUGCGAUGGAGUCUCAAAGAUACGCAGAGGAGAUUCCGAUGGAGAGAUCGUCUUCACCUACGCCCCCCGAGAUCUAGCACCCAUCGAGAUCCAGGCUCUUGCCACAGAUGUUGACUCCUACCCUCGGUCAUCUAGGUUCAUCGUAUUCACCUCUUCAGAACAUGUGGGAAAGGAUUUGGUUACCUUGCUGGAAGACCUCGCCAUCAACGCAGUGGGGAAGAGCGUUCUUCAGGUCAUCCAGUUCAUUUCGACGAGACUGACGGCCAAGUUGGAAGCUGCCACCACCGGGGCUUUAGAGACAUACGAUUCCAUGGACGAAGAAGAUAAUGCCGACAACUCCGAAAACGACUCCGGCUUUGAUGCAGAUGACUUUUCGGGCUCCGAGGAUGAGUAUCAGAUGGAGCUUGAUCCGCUGCCGCCUAGAAGACUGGCAUCAAGUCUGCGUAUCAGCCGAGACCGUGAGGCUCUGAAGCGCUUCAAGCGAGAUUUGCGACAAGCAAAUUCCGUCGGCUUCUUUGUUUCUCUUCUGGGCAUGAACAUGAAUGACCAAGCAUCGGGAAUUUUUUCCCUUGCUAUUCGCGUCUCGAAACUCGACAUCCCAGACGAGGCCCUGGAAGCAUGGGACCUCAAGAAAUCGGAACACAUCGUCUUUCUUGUGAGAAUUCCGAUGGGAUAUCCAUCCAUCUCAGAAUUCCUUGAACUCCCCUCAGACCAGUCAACAGUUGAGUUUCGGGUUGGCAAGUGUGCUAGUCCCCGACCCUCCAUGUUCUCUGCUAGAGCGGCUUUUGAUAACAAAGAAUAUGAAAGAGGAAGAGACUAUGAGGAAGACGCUGUGGGGCUCAGCCAAGAAAGUGGUGGCGACACCUUUAUGCCGCUAUGCAUGUCAGGUUCACUGGAUUCGCUUCUCAAUCGGGAGUUUCUGGGUCUUCUCCUGGCCAGGCGACGCCAGGGAAUAUCUUGGGACCAAGCCCAAACUCUCAAAUUCAAUUUGAGUAGAGGUGAUCAUCGUCGAAAUGGUUCCCAAGGGCUGGAAGAUACACAAGAAGCUAGUACUCAAGACGAAGAAUCCCUGGAGAAUGCGCCUGAUGUCCAGUUGCUCCAACACGACUAUGCCAUGGACGAACAAGAACAUCUCAACAUUCCCCUCGUGGCCAUGCAGUUUGGUCUCCAAAGACUAGUGCGAUGCAUCAAAUACUGCAUGGUAUGCCAUCAAAUGAUGCAUGGAGCCUUUGAAGCCGUCAAGCCAUACGUCUGCAACAACCCACUUUGCUUAUACCAGUAUCUAGCACUGGGCCUUGGGCAUAGCAUUGAGCACGAAAUCAUCAACAACCCCUAUGUUGUCGACCUUCUCAUCAGUUUCUUCUAUUCUUCCGUUCAAGGAGGUCACAUUCGCGAAUUUCCUACCGGGCUGGAUCUGAAAUGCGUCUACACAGGAGGCUUACGAGAUCCAACGAAGAAUCUCAGCGUCGAUGUUUGUUUCAGGAACAAAACGAUCAGAUUUGGCAGCACCGAUUACAUUUCUUACAGAACCAUCAAUGAGGGAAAAUUCGUCCUUCUCGUUGUUAGGGACGUCGACCCCGUUCCGUCGUUGUCUAUCAUGUCUGGAGGCCUUGAACGACACAUCUGUGUAAUCGAAUCCGUUACAGGCGAGACUUGUACAUUUCGGAUUGUAAAAUCGAUGACAGAACCCCUCAAUAUCGCACCUCAGCCAGCUACAGAAAAGAGGAAUCAAGCAACACAUCCUAGCGAGGGAUGGAUGAAUGUCUUACUCUUUCAGUACGACAUGGCCAUUGACGAUCUUGAACUUUCAGAACGCAACCUUUGCUUAAUGUUCAUGACACUUGCAAUUCCACCAGUUUUGGAGAUGAGACGGUACUUGAUGGAACGACCUGGCCGUUUGCUGUCAUCUUGGAGGCGUAUGGAUACGUCAACAUUGGCCUUGCUAAACUGGAUUGUCGCUUCAAACCGAUCAUUCAUCGUCCAGGAUGCCCCCGUUCCCAAUCCACCGAGAGCGGAAGACGUAUCCUCGACAACGCUCGAUACAGACCCACCAUCAUCCGAUGAGGAUGGUGUUGUUUCCGAUGGCCACAGUAAUAGGGUCAAGGGUAUGGACACAUCCUGGAUGCAGUUUCGUUUCGCUCAAGGUGCGCCCGAGAAGGAACAGAAGUUCAUUCAGGCGCUAGAACAGCAGAAGUGCGACGAUGAUGGGAAAUCGAGUUUCCCAAGUCUGUUCGCUUGGCAUGGCAGCCCAUUGAGCAACUGGCACAGCAUAAUCCGGAGCGGUCUCGAUUUUGUAAACAGUAUCCACGGUCGUGCUUUCGGGAAUGGUGUCUAUUUGAGCGACGAUUUUGGGGUGAGCAGCGGAUACUCAGGAGGUUGUAUCGGUCCUUUGCGCCCGGGUUCCAACUGGCCAAACUCCGUGCUGGGAAUAUCUGCCGCAAUAAGCAUCUGCGAAAUUAUCAACGAGCCCACCAAAUUCAUCUCGUCCGCUCCACACUUCGUCGUCGACAAAGUCGAGUGGAUUCAAUGUCGGUAUCUCUUCGUGCGUGUGUGCCCUCAUGAUGCAGCACUCGCAAAGCCUUUCCCAAAGCCCUUGACAAACGACUCCCCUGGGUAUCUUGUACAAGACCCUAUUCGCAAAUUGAAGGGACCCACCAAACUCGCUAUCGAGAUUCCCUUGUCAGCAAUUCCGGCUAGGCGUCGGCAAACGCCGAUCGACAAUGUGUCUCAAAUCGAGCGUAGCAUAGUCCCACUAUCUGAAGGCGGUUUAGAUAUCGACGCUGAUGAGGACAUGAAGGAUGAUAUCCAUAAUCUCUUGGAUUCUGAAGACGACGAUCACGAUGAUUUAACGGAAUCCAAAAACGGCGACGUCGUUGACACCGAUUCCCCCUCGGAAGACGAGAGCAGGACAUCCUUCCAGCCAGGCACCCUGGAUCUCGACUCGCUACCGAGAGUUCCCGAGCCGACUUGGGCAUCCUCAUCCCCCGCCGCCCUUCGGAGUCUUAACCGAGAGAUCAAGGAACUUCAGCGGAUCCAGACUAACAGCGACCUCCGCACCCUUGGCUGGUACAUCGACUUCGACAAGCUCUCCAAUCUGUUCCACUGGAUUGUCGAGAUGCAUAGUUUCGACAGCAGCCUCCCGCUUGCCAAGGACAUGGAGCGCGCCGGCUGCUCCAGCGUCGUCCUUGAGUUCCGCUUCGGCGCCUCCUUUCCCCUGUCCCCGCCCUUUGUCCGCGUCGUCCGUCCCCGAUUUCUCCCCUUUGCGAACGGCGGCGGCGGUCACGUCACUGCUGGCGGUGCUAUUUGCUCAGAGCUUCUCACUAACUCGGGCUGGUCCCCUGCCCUCUCACUCGAGAAGGUCUUCCUUGAGGUCCGUAUGAACCUCUGCAGCAUGGACCCUCCGGCGCGUCUCGAAACGAAUCGAUCCUACGGGAACAGCGACUACGGCAUCGGGGAAGCCUUAGAAGCCUUCCGCCGUGCGGCAGCUGGGCAUGGCUGGCAGCUCCCCACGGACUUCAACAUGAUGGCUACGUCGGUGUAAGCGAGCACAGUACGAACACUGCCCUGUACCUACCCCACGGAUAGGAACCGAUGCGACCACUUCUCCCCGCGGGUUCAUAUCACCAACCCUGUACGCUUUAAUCGGCAGAUGUCUUUUGUUUGUUUGUCCUUGCUUUUACUCACACUCUGCAACGGACAUGGCGUUGGAUUUGGUACAUCCCAGGAACAAGAUAAGAUCGGGCGGGAAUCAGAUGAGUAUCAUCCCAUUGAUAAGGGAAUGUAUCUAGACUGAGCUGGGAUGCCGAUAGCAAGAGAAAUCCCCCAUAGAGAUAGUGCUUGUACAUUCCUAUCCGCAAUGAAUGAAUGGAAUGAUCAAUGAACCAUGACACACCGUGCACCGAGAUAACCGCAGCC